CCAUUUACUCAUACAGCGGGCGAUCGUCUCUUGGACAUUCCGUGCAAGGUAUGCGGCGAUCGUAGUUCCGGCAAACAUUAUGGCAUUUACAGUUGUGAUGGUUGCUCAGGUUUCUUUAAACGGAGCAUUCAUCGUAAUCGUAUAUACACCUGCAAGGCGACGGGUGAUCUGAAGGGUCGCUGUCCCGUGGAUAAGACUCAUCGCAAUCAAUGUCGUGCCUGUCGCCUGGCCAAGUGCUUUCAAUCGGCCAUGAAUAAGGAUGGUAAGUGAAAGUUUAACAAGUCUUCCACCCAAAAUACACUUAAUUAUGCAGGAAAUUAACUCUAGCUUGGGCAUAAAUUACAUUAAACUCAAAAACCAAAAUGCCGCGGGCUGUUUUAGCAGCCGCAAAAAUCUCCAU